UAGGUAAUGUUGCAGCUAAUGGAUCAAAUGAAGCUGCAUUAUCUUGCCAUCCAUGAACUGCAAUGAUUGGCUGAACAUCAGUAGAUCCCCAAAAUUUUCCUCAAUAUUUUUUUGAAAAUAAUUCUUUCCCACCAUCUGAAGAUAACAAAGGAAUUUAUUUAUUUAUUCAUGAUCUAUAAAGCAGCUAAAUAACAUACCUAUAUUACAUUGCAUGACGUAUGCAUACAUGCUGAAAAUGAUGGAAAUAAGCUUGCAUGCACAUAAACACACAUAACCUCUAAAUUGUUUCUGAAAUUUGAAUGAAGUAUGGCGCGACAAGAUUCUGAUGUUGAUUGUAACGGAAUGCAAAACAUUUCUGAUACAAAAAAUAUCUUAGACAACUAUAGAAAGUUAGUGAAGUCGUAUGCAGAUCUUCAUCUUUAUAGUGCAGCAUUAUUUUGGGCUGAUAAAAUAGCUUCAUUAAGUAAUGAAGACCCUAAGGAUAUUUGUACUUUAGCACAAUGUAUGUACCUUAUGAAACAAUACCACAGAGCAGCUCAUUGCAUCCGGAGUCGAGGUUUAGAAAAGACGGACUAUAUGUGCCAUUAUUUAACAGUUAGGAGUCUCCUAGAGGCCAAAGAGUUCAAUGAAGCCCUUCAAGUUAUCAAUGAAUCUGAACUCUGUUCUAACAUUUCACAGUCAGGUGUCAGUUUUAUAGAUCAUACAAAUAUUUUAACAGACGCUCCCAAAAAUGUACAGAGUGCAAUACUAUACGUUAAAGGUCGAGUUUAUGAAGCGAUUGACAAUAGAGCAGUUGCAACUGAUUGUUACAAACAGGCUCUUCACUAUGAUGUAUAUUCUUAUCAAGCUUUUGAAGCUCUUGUUCAAAAUCAAAUGCUUUCAGCUUCUGAAGAAAGAGAAUUAUUAGAUUCUUUGCCCUUCAAUGAACAAUGUUCUGAAUCAGAUAGAGAUUUAUUGAAAUUAUUAUACGAAAGUAAAUUGAAAAAAUAUCAAGCUCCAUCUGAAGAUUUGGCGUUAAUAACGAUGGGAAUGAAAGGAAUACUUGUGUCUGAUGGACUACAAAAUAAUUUAGACAUGCAAGUUGCUAAAGCUGAAAGAUUAUAUUAUAAUUGUGAUUACCAACAAUGUUUUGCACUGACUGAAGCUAUUUUAAAAAAGGAUCCAUAUCAUAGUACUUGUUUACCAGUUCAUAUUGCUUGUUUAGUAGAACUAAAAAAAACGAAUGCAUUAUUUUAUUUAGCUCAUAAACUUGUUGAUUUAUAUCCCGAUAUGGCACUUGCUUGGUUUGCAGUUGGCUGCUAUUACUUUGCAAUUGGAAAAAGUGAUCAUGCAAGAAGGUAUUUAGCAAAAGCUACUGCACUCGAUCGUUUAUUUGGUCCAGCGUGGUUAGCAUAUGGUCAUUCAUUUGCAGUUGAAAAUGAACAUGAUCAAGCUAUGGCGGCUUAUUUUAAAGCUUCUCAAUUGAUGAAAGGAUGUCAUCUUCCUCUUUUGUACAUUGGUCUUGAAUGUGGUUUAACAAAUAAUUUGAAAUUAGCUGAUAAAUUUUUCCAACAAGCUCAAAAUAUAGCUCCUAAUGAUCCAUUUGUCAUUCAUGAAACAGGUGUUAUAUCUUUUUUCAACUUUGACUAUAAAACUGCAGAAAGGCAAUUUAAAGAAGCUUUAAAUAGAAUUCAAAAUGGAUUGAAAAAUGUUGUUUUACCCAGUAAAUGGGAAGCAUUAUUAAAUAAUUUAGGACAUACAUGUAGGAAGCUAAAAAAAUAUGAAGAAGCAUUAGAUUAUCAUCAACAAGCAUUAGUGUUAAAUUCAUUGAAUCCAUCAACAUAUUCAGCGAUAGGGUUUAUCCAUGCGUUGAUUGGUAAUACUCAAGAAGCUGUUGAUGCAUUUCAUAGAGCCUUAGGUAUUCACAGAGAUGAUACAUUUACUACUACGAUGUUGGGCUAUGUUUUGGAACAAUUGAUAGAUGAAGGUCCACCUUUCCCAGAAGCACCUAGUGAAAUGCCAAAGUAUAAAUUCUCUGAAACUCAUCAACCUCCAGAAGUUUCAGAAUCUUCAGAAACUCCAGCAACAGGAUCUGCUCAAGAAGAAGAUAUCGAUAAAUUAAGAGUUAAUUUAUUUUCAACUUGGGGUGAAGACUCAAGUAAAGCAGAUGAAAAUUUAUCGCAAAAAUGCGAUCGAUCUCGAGACGUUAAUUUUUCUCCAAUGUCUCCAAAUGAGAUGGACUCAGAAGUUGAAAUGCUAGACUCAUCAACUGCACAUAUAGAAUAUUAAAUUAUUAUUGAAUAAAAAAUUAUUUUCUAUUACUG